AUGGAGUCCUUGCUCAAUUCUAGUUCCGUGCCUCCCGCGGCCACCUACACGCAGCUCUUCCAGGUCGCAAAGCAACAGCACAACAUGUCCACCAUGGAGAGCCUCUGGCAGGCCCACUACGCCUACUGGGACAACGACACCCUCGCGACAGGAAUCAUGGCCUUCGUUGCCCACGAACUGAUCUACUUCGGCCGCUGCCUUCCCUGGAUCAUCGCCGACGCCCUGCCCAUCAUCUUCCGCAAAUACAAGAUCCAAGACAAAAAGUCCCCCUCCGUGAUGGACCAGUGGACAUGCAUCAAAUACAUCCUCGCCAUCCACUUCAUCAUCGAACUCCCGCUGAUCGUCCUCUUCCACCCCAUGAUGGAACUCUGCGGCCUCAAAUACAACCUGCCCUUCCCUCAACUGCGCACCGUCGCCACCCAAAUUGCCACCUUCUUCAUCGUCGAAGACACAUACCACUACUGGCUCCACCGCGCCAUGCACUGGGGUCCCCUAUACCGCUCCAUCCACCGCAUCCACCACCAAUACGCCGCGCCCUUCGGCUUGACCGCUGAAUACGCCAGUCCGUGGGAAACAAUGCUGCUAGGAUUUGGCACGAUCGGACCCCCGUUGCUGAUGGGAUACAUCACCGGCGAGGUGCACCUGAUGACAGUGCUGGUGUGGAUGACACUGCGGCAGAUCCAGGCCAUUGACGCGCACUCGGGGUAUGACUUCCCCUGGAGCCUGCGUCGGAUCGUGCCGUUUUGGGGUGGGGCGGAUUGGCACGAUGAUCAUCACCGGUACUUUGUGGGGAAUUAUGCGAGUUCUUUCAAGCACUGGGAUGUCCUGAUGGGAACCGUUGCAGGACCUCGAGGAAGGGCAAAUAAGCGCAAGGCUCAGUGA